AUGGACGAGGCGGACUCGGCGACGAAAGCGCUCGGGCUGGACGAACCGCCCAUCGACGGGACGCCGGUGGACGAAGUGGGCUCGGAUACCGAGUCGGAGGCCGAAGUCACGCGCAUGGCUGUGAUGGCAGAACCGGGAAACAUCGACAUGGGAGCCGAGUCGCUGCCGAACGAGGCCGAGGCGGCGUUUGCAGAGGUGACGACGGUGACCGUGGGGGACGUUAACGCCGCGGAGGACAGCGUGUUCACCACGACGGUCGCUGCAUCGGGGAGUCUUCCAGAGCACGUGCUGAGCGGCAGGACCACCCUCCAGCUGGAUGAAGGUCUCAGCACCCAGAAGGCCACCCUGAUUGUGGUGCACACUGACGGCAGCAUCGUGGAAGCUGCAGGCCUCAAGUCUGCCACCACCAUCACUUCAGGUCCCCCGACUCCAUCUACGCCAUUGACUCCCCCGCAGGACAAAGAGUCUGGCUCCGCCUGGGACCCCUCGGUCUACAACAACGAGCUCCCAGUCCGCUGCAGGAAUUCCAGCGCGUUUUUAUACAAGAAUCGACUGGGAUCAGGGGGUAAAGGUCGCUGUAUCAAGCACAACCAGCAGUGGUACACUCCCACAGAGUUCGAGUGUUUGGCAGGAAGAGCGAGCAGCAAAGACUGGAAGAGGAGCAUCAGAUACGCCGGCAGACCUCUGCUCUGCCUCAUUCAGGAGCGGAUCCUGAACCCUCACGCUGCCUCCUGUACCUGUGCCGCCUGCUGUGAUGAUCUGACCCCGUCUCCAAAGGAGGGAGAUUCCAUCGCGCCAGAGGAUGUCACAAUGACCGGUCCAGUUCGUCUCUUCGUCCCAUACAAGAGACGGAAGAAGGACAUUGAGCCUCCUGUCGUCCCCUUAAAGAAGGAGCUUCCUGCUACCAAGGACAUCCAGCUGGGUCCAGGGACCACAUUUACGGUGUCCCCGUCAGGACAGUUUACCACCUCUGGCACCCUGACCUUUGACCGGGCUCCAGCAGGGGACGUCGCCACAGCCGCCAUCAUCUCAGAUGGCGCAGCGCAGAGCGACGUGUUCGCCAGCACCACAGUGCUGACGGCGUUACCGGCGCUGGCCGUGGCUCCUCAGCCGAUACAAGCUAAAGUAGAGGUGGCGUCUUCGUCCGCGGCUCUGGUGACGGCGCUGGAGGUGAGCUCCGUGGGCUGCGGAGCGCCGGCGCUGAGCAACGGGCUGAAGAACACCUGGGUUCACCUGGAGGAGCUGGCGAACACGCUGCUGAACAACGUCCAGCAGCUGAAGGCUCUGAUCGAGCAGGCCAGGAACGCUGCAGAGGAGAGCACCGGGGUCAGAGGUCAGGGGGGCAGGAAGGAGUGUGGCCUCGGGCAGACGCUUCAGAACCAGAUCUCGUUUCAACAGCCGGACCCCUCAGGGACCAAGAGGCCCUCUGACAUCACAGAGAUCAUCAUGAACCAGAUGUGCGUGAACUGCGGCCGGACGGCGAUGAGCGAAUGCACCGGCUGUCACAAAGUCAACUACUGCUCCACGUUCUGCCAGAGGAAGGACUGGAAGGAUCAUCAGCACUCGUGCUGUCAGUCAGCAGGGGGCGUGGCCGUUCAGGAGGAGGAGCCAAUCACAGCCAUGGACAUGGACAAAGUGAAGUGA